AUGUUACGAAAGAAUCUAUCGCAGGCUCUGUUCUCCUGGCAAGUGGACACGUUGGUAGCACAGGCUUGUCACACAGCCACCGCACACAGCUGCUUACCCCGCCAGGAGCCAGAGCAUGUGCUCAAGGUGAUCCUUGAGACCCCAGAGGAGAUGGCCCUAAAGGAGCUGGCUGAGACCCUGCAACAGAACAUUGACCACAUGCUGUGGCUGGAGCAGAGGGAGAAUAUCACCACUUGCAUUGCGCUGAGGCCCUACUCCAAGGGAGAAGUGACCCAGUAUGUGGAGAAGUUCCAAUUAUUCAAAUGA